AUGACCAAUCUUUGGUACAAUUUUUUUGCCAUUCCUCAGAAAUUUUUGAACAAGAUUGAUAUAAAUCUUUUGGAGAUGUAUAUAAAGAUUAGACCAAUAAAUCAAGAUAAUCUGUUUCGAAUGAAUGAUCAACAUGGUUAUCAUAUGAAUUUAUUGGCUCAAAAUUAUGGAUUUGCCACAUUCAGUCAACCUCAUUUUACAUACACUGCAACACAUGGUAUUCAUCAAUCAUUUGAUGAAGGCUCGGGUAGUCAAAGACAUAUUGAGAGUAGCCACAAUCAAUAUGAAAUCAGAGAAGAUGAAGCUACCUUUGAUUUGUGUAAUGAUGCACGUGCUCAAAGAAGUGAUGAAAAUUCGGAGGAGGAUGAACCUUCACAAGAUGAUGGAGAGAGUAAAGUCAUUGAAAGUGAAUCCGAUGAAGAUAUUGGAGAUUUACCUCAAAAUGAAAGUGCGGUGAAUUUUCAAAAUCAAUUUGAUGAAAUGCAAAAUAAUGAUAUACCUUACUUUACAACAUUGGAGACUGAGGAAGAUAUUUUUAUCUCUACUCGUGAAUCCAAAAUGAAAUAUUGUUCUGUUUGGGUCGAGGAUGCAAAAAAAGAUUUAGAAAAAAAUAUGUAUUUUAGUAGUAAAGCUAAGUUAAAACGGGCUGUGACAAUUUGGAGUUUGAGCAAAAAUAAAGAAUUUAAGAUUGUAAUAUCAACUAAGAGCGUAUGGACUGUGAGAUGCAGAUUUUAUGAUUCUUUGGGUUGUCCAUGGUUUCUUCGAGGUCGUAAGGUUGGAGGUAGCCUUUGGAAGAUAGGAAAAUAUUUUAAUAAUCAUAGAUGUGAGACUGAAGGGCUUACAACAGGUCACACUAACUUAGAUACCAAUUUAAUUGCAUCACUAUUUUUAAAUCAAAUAAGUAAAAAUCUAAAAUUGUUGAUAGUGGAUGUCAUGUCUAAGGUUCAUGAAAAAUUUGGUCAUCAAGUAACAUAUAGAAAAGCGUGGCUUGGGCGUCAACGCGCAUUUACAUUGGUAUAUGGUGAUUUUCAGAAAUCAUUUAGUGAGCUUCCUAAGUUUUUUGCAGCUUUUCAAUAUUUUAAUCCUGGAACAGUUGUGGAAUGGAAACACGAAGAGUCAAUGAGUUCACCAGAGGUAAAAACUUUUAAAUUUGUAUUUUGGGCUUUCAAGCCAUGCAUUGAUGGGUUCCAAACUUGUCGUCCUGUUAUUUCAGUAGAUGGAACUCAUAUGUAUGGUAAAUAUGAGAUAAAAUUGUUAAUUGCUGUUGGAGUUGACAGAAAUGAUAACAUUCUUCCUCUUGCGUUUGGUAUUGUUGACAAAGAGUCGAAAGAGGCAUGGAAAUGGUUUUUUAGGAAAUUGAGUGCACAUGUGAUAAAAGAUAGAGAAGAUAUUUGUAUUAUCUCUGAUAGGGCAAAAGAAAUCUUGACUAGUUUAUCGGAGUUGUGGCGAUUGCAGAAACCUCGGGCCUUUCAUCGAUUUUGUCUGAGACAUCUUAAAAGUAAUUUUCAAUCUCAAUUUCCAAAUAGGGACCUCAGUAAUCUUAUGUGGAGGGCUGCUACAACUCAUCAAGUAAGGAAGUUUGAAGCUUUGAUGUGGGAAAUUCAAGAAGAAAAUAGAGAAGCAUAUGAAUACCUCAUGCGAAUUCCAUUGGACAAAUGGACUGUUAGUCAUGAUAAUGGAAAAAGAUGGGGAGUACUGACAACAAAUCUUUCAGAGUCUUUCAACGGGCCUCUAAAGAAAGCUCGAGGCUUGCCCGUCACUGCUAUGGUUAGACUUUCAUUGGAGCAAACCGUUGAACGAUAUACUCGUAGAUGUCAAAAAACUCACCAACUUGUUGAGCAAAAGGAAUUAUGGACAAGCAGUUUCAAAAAGAAGUGGGAGAAAAACUAUGAAAAUUCAAAAAAACACUUUGUUUAUGAUUGGAAUAUAUCCACAGGGGUAUAUGAGGUUACUAAAAGAAUGGGAGCAUUAGCUAGAAAUUUUGUCAGCGAGCAUUUCACAAUAGAGAAUUAUGUUACAACAUAUUCUGGGUCAUUCUCACCGAUUGGACACGAGGCAUAUUGGUCAUCGCCAAGCUUUAUAAUGAGAAGUAGUGAAUUCUAUCGACGUCCCAAUCGAUCAAGGACCACUAGAAUUCAUAAUGAGAUGGAUCGUGAUCCUGCAACAUAUGGGCGGGCUUGUGGAUUGUGUAAACAGACUGGGCAUGACAGGCGUCGAUGUCCAACUCGAAAUCAAAUUUAA